AUGUUUGCCAAUGCCGCCGCCCCCGGCAGCGCGUGUGAGAAUGGCUGGAAAGAAGAAACAUACCUUCGUAUGGCAGUGUGCAAGUACAGAAUAGUAUCUUUGCUCUUGUGGUACUGUUUCCAUACCCUACAGGAGCAAUUCUUGCCCUUCUUGUGGUUACGCUCGAUGUGGCAAUUGCCACAUUACAAAAGUCCAGCAAAGAUAGCAUGGUUUCUCGCCGUCAACAUAAAAGCUACCAAAAUACGCACCGGGCCUAGCUUCCAACCAUCGAGUCCAGGACAGACAUACCAACCCGAAACCUAG